GGUCUCUACUCUUUCUGUUCUCCAUUGACGCUGGUUGUCAUUCAUCGCCAUGAAGUUCUUGUCCACUCUCGCUGGCGCCCUCGCCUUCACGACCACUUCGGCCUCGGCCAUCGCGCACCGCAACACGGAGCGAACAUGUAUCACACCCGGCGCCAUCCCCGACCUCAAGGGCUCCGACAUCCGUAAUGUUGGAGUCGUGCUCUUCCAGGCUCUCGACAUGAUCGACGUGUUCGGGCCCCUGGAUCCCCUGCAGCUCGUCUCGCUCAGCGUCCAGCAGCUCAACCUGCACCUCAUCGCCGAGACGCUUGACCCCGUCUCAACAGCGCCCGUCGCCAUGAACAAGUUCAACUCGAGCUUCUGGCCAACUAUUCCUCCCACGAAGACGUUUGCCGACGAUCUUGACCUCGACCUGCUCAUCGUCCCUGGCGGACCGGGAGCCCGGAACCCGAACCUCGGAGCCGUCACCGAUUACAUUGCCAAGAUGGCGCCAAAGGUCAAGAUCCUCAUGACCAUCUGCACGGGUUCGGGCAUCGCGGCGAGGGCGGGCGUGUUGGAUGGACACUUGGCUGCUACCAACAAGAAUGCGUGGGCGACGAUGAAGGCAAUGGGGCCCAAGGUGAACUGGGUGUCGCCGGCGCGAUUCGUGAUUGACGGCAAGAUCUGGUCCUCAUCGGGUGUCACUUCUGGCUUGGACCUCAUCUUUGCCUUUAUCGAGACUUUCUGGGGCGCUCAGCAGUCGCAGCGAAUCGCAAGCAUCAUUGAGCAUGUUCCCCGAGCUGCGACGGAUGAUCCAUUCUCACAGCACUUCAACAUUACACCCACCGAGGCUCAGCCAUGUCCCAAGGCAUGAGUUUCUCAUACUGGGUGGUGUAUAGCUGAAAGGUGUUGACCACCUAAAAGUGUCUUCAAUGUAAAUAUUUUGCCGAGGGCUUUAAAACCUAGACGGGAUAGAAUUAAAAUAGAAAAUAGAAAUAUGGCUUGUUCAUAGUAAAGAAUUAUCGGAAA